AUGGAGCCUCGUAAGGACUCAGAUUUGUAUAAGAGACUAUAUGAGGCCAGAAAGGAGGCGUUGUCCUUGUUUGGGUCGGACGAGAGUUAUCUCUACGGUUUACAUUCUAGUGUCACAUGCUUCUUCACAACAUCAUAUGAGGAGGCUCAAGCCGUACUCUUCGACCUUGAUUGGGCAUUCUUGUCGUCCCUUGAGGCUGCCAAAGACAAGGGCAUGGGACUAGAUGAGGGCCUUUCCCUAUCAGCUCUAUGCAGUGGUGGUAGCAGUAGUACAGUGUCAUCCAUCUACACCAGUGCUGAUGAACAGCAGUCCCCCAGUAGUCUGGCUAGCAUGGUGACUGCCGCGAGCUCGGGAUGCUCAGUGUCACCAGUCAAGGUUGUUGGUGUUGACGGAUCUCAGGAGAAGGAAGCCGACACUUCGUCGUUCGAGACGAGUGCCGCCGCCGUGGCCCCUGUGGAGGUGGAAGAACUCCUCUUGUCGCCGGAUGGAUGCGUCUUGUUGAGCGUCAGUUAUGAUAAAGUAUUAUACGAAGUUCGCUCGGUCCUCAGCGGCUGUAUUAGAGAUGGCAUCCGAUACAAGAAGCGUGCUCAUCUUACUCUAGCCAAAGACCGGAUGGGAGAGGAAGGCACCAAGCUUUUGAAUUUUUAUAGGGAGAAGCUUGGCCGUCCAGUCUCCGAGUUCGGUCCUAUCACUGCUUGGGAUCUUGUUGUGUAUGAGAGAACAUUCCGAAGCGAGAGCUUACAGGAAGAUGGUCCACACGUAUUGAAUGAGCUCGUUCGCUUCCCUCUGCAGUAGAGGUUGUUCGGGAGGCUAGCCGUGCGACUAAGUGAACAAGUGCUCAAUAUACUUUACAGCAUGCAACUUAUUCACAGUGAUGAUGCCGCCGAAAUAAUAGCCUCAGAAUAGUAUUGGUAGUUCUUACUGUCUCUCUCUAGGCCCUAUUUCUCAUAACGGGCUCCCCCAACUUGUCUCGACAUCAUUCCCAUAAUUUCUAUAUAAACCAUUCAAAGUUGAUAAUGUUGGUCCCGACUGUGAUACACUUUCUUGCAUCCCACUCAUGAGACUGCAUAUUCAAGGGUUAUCACUAUUCUUGGUUUCCAUUAUUAUUUAUCUAACUGCUGCACUUUGUCUUUACUAGCGGGUCAGUGGAUUUGAGUAAUGUUCGCCCUGGUCAUCGAUUAUUGCACUGAUCCACCAUCCUAUGCCGUUGCUCAUGAGUACGUGGUGGUCGAGGAGACAGGCGGAGGCUUUCUAUUUUGUAGAGAUUUGGCGUAAAAACGGUCUACCCUGAGAGAAAGAACGUAUUAGUAUUAGCAUUCACGCAUUCUAUCAACAAACCUUGAUUUGCGGAUUGUCGUUCAGUAUGGUAGUAUGACUACUAGUGUCUUAUGCUAAUCAGAAAUCUCGUCAAUCUCUCCACUCGAGAUUUGCACACGUGAAGACGAUUGACAUGUUGCCAUAAUGUUCGCUAUUGUUGCAAGAACAGUGAUUUGAUAUCAUCCGCGUGAUGCCGCUGAGGUGUUCUCCAGAGCAGUGGUCAGCUAGCUCCGCCUUGUCGAGCUCCAUGCAUGUUGAGACGAGCUCGACCGUCAUUGGCUGUCCAUAAAUAUCCAGAAUAUUCUCCUGAGGGGAUUCUAUAGAGGGUUGAAUUUGAAGCGCAUCGAUGAUGAUAACUG